UAUUUAUUAUAAAGGUAUAUAGCUUUGUGUUUGCUACAAUACCGAUGAACUGUGUGACACUAUUUGUUUAGUACGUGGAAAACGUAAUAAAAAUUUAAGGCUAUAUUGUGUGUGAAAUCGUGUAUUUAAUGUGUUGAAAUUUAGUGGUUAAUAAUGAAUUACUUAAGAAAGUGUGGACUAAAAAAUGCCCUGUGUUUACAAUUCGAUAGGCAUUUAUAUAAUGUUUUUUCACCAAGAAUUCAGCUAAGUAGAUUAUAUCGAAGUGGUUCGAAAAAUUCUGAAAUAGGAAAAGAAGAAAAUGAGGGCUCCAGUAACUUCUCUGAAAAAACACCAUCAACAAUGUCUUCCAAAUACAAUAUAUUCAGAGAUGAGGACGCCGAAGUUAUUUUGGACGUAGAAGAAGAAAGAUUAAAACAGCGUGAAUUACCUCAAGAACAAUCUAAAGACGAUUUUUUUGGUUUGAAUCUUAACAGAGGAGUUCAUGGGGUGUUUGAUAUUGAAGAAAUUGUUGACAUUCUUAGAAGAGAGAAAUUAGGAAACAUAUUUGUAGCAUCACUGCCACCUGAGGCAAAGUAUGUUGACUACAUCGUCGUAGUCACUGGGAAGUCUAAAAGGCAUAUGUCUGCUGUGGCAGAAUUUGUAAGGAAAUUGUACAAAAAGAAACGACAUCCUCAUGAUUUGAUACCAAGGAUAGAAGGAGAAAAUUCUAAAGAUUGGAUGGCAUUAGACUUGGGCAAUAUUGCACUGCAUAUCUUUUCAAAAAAUGCAAGAUCUCUGUAUGAUCUAGAAUCAUUGUGGUCAGUUGGUUCAGAAUAUGAUGUAGCGUACAAUAGACCUGAUGACCCCUUAAUUACCUUACUCCAGAAACAUUCAUUGUAUCUUGAUGGUCUUCAGCCUGCAGAAGGUGUAUCUGUAAAUACAAAUGUUUGAAAGUA